CAUCUACAAUUCAUUGUGCGAUGAAAAAACUUUCAAAAACAUGGCGACAAAAAGGCAAAACCAAAGAACUUUCAGAGUUCACAAGACAUGCUACAAAAGACAUCAAUGAAUAUCCCAAUCAACGAAUCUCAGGCACACAUGGGUCCGACCAGUUCAUGGUAAAGGCUGGUCUGUCCAAAGAUGAAUUAAAUUCUUCAUUUGGAUUUGAAUUUGAUACCCAAACACUCUCAGCAGUCGAUGAGAUUGAGCAAGAGCACACAAGAUGCAAAAAUGGAGCAUUAUUGAACAAAGGACUCUCUCAAACUAAUCCGAAUCCACCAGAUAAGACAUCAUUACCCUCUACCCGCACCAAAGUAAAAUGCAUGCAAGGUUCUGACAAUGGGGCAAGUGGAAGUUGUUUCAAGUUACCAAACUCUACAAGUGUGCCUAGAGAAAGUAAAACAGGAGACAAAGAAACCUCUACAACAGAAUCAUCUGAGAAAAGAAAGCCUGAUGAUAAUGUUAUAGUUCACAGUAGCUCAGGGAUGCAGAGUACCUCUCAGAUAUGUCUCACACAAGACCAAUGUGAACUGUCAUCAUGGGGUCUACCAGACUCUAUUCUUAAACAAUACAAGAAGAUUGGUAUAACAACCAUGUUUGAAUGGCAGGCAAAAUGUUUAUGUACUGGAAAUGCUUUGAGUGGAGGUAAUUUGGUAUACUCAGCACCCACCAGUGCUGGAAAAACAAUGGUUGCAGAAAUUCUGAUGUUGAAACGUAUUUUGGAAACAAAAUGCAAAGCUUUGUUUAUACUUCCCUUUGUGAGUGUUGCUCGUGAGAAGAUGUUUUAUUUACAGCGUAUGUUUGGCGAGGCUGGUGUCAGAGUUGAUGGAUACAUGGGCAGCCAAGUUCCGAGCAAAGGUUUUGAUUCUAUCGAUAUUGCUGUGUGCACAAUUGAGAAAGCAAAUGGUUUAGUAAAUCAUCUCAUGGAGGCGGGAAAACUACAGAAUAUCGGAGCAAUCAUUGUGGAUGAAAUGCAUUUGAUUGGUGAUAAAUCGAGAGGGUAUCUCCUGGAGUUAUUGUUGACAAAAGUAUUGUAUAUUUCACAAAGUAUUAAAGAUUCCUCGUCAGAUCAAAAUGUCCAGAUAAUUGGAAUGAGUGCCACCUUACCAAACUUGAAUGUUCUUGCAACAUGGCUGCAGGCUGAUUUGUAUUUCACCGACUAUCGUCCGGUACCUUUGACUGAGACUUUUAAAGUUGGUCCAGUUAUCUUUGAUAGAUCAGGCAAUAUGUUGCGAGAGUUGAACAAGUCCUCUAUGGUCAGCGGUGACGAUGAUCACGUGUUAUUGCUGUGUCAAGAGACGGUUGAACAAGGGAAUGGCGUGUUGGUUUUUUGCCCAACUAAAGCCUGGUGCGAGAAACUCGCGGAAUCGAUCGCAAAGCAUUUCUAUACGUUGGCUUCCACGAAGACAGCCGAGCCUGGUACGGCACCUCAAGCAUCCUCCUCGGUGAUAUUCGACUAUGACGCCUUGAAGGAUGUAUUUGAGCAGCUGAGAAGUUGCCAGGUUGGGUUGGAUAAUGUGUUAGGCAGGACAUUACGUUACGGUGUUGCAUACCAUCAUGCUGGUCUCACCUAUGAUGAGAGAGAUAUCAUUGAAGCGGGGUUUAGACAAGGCUUCAUCAAAGUAUUGGUAGCAACAUCAACUCUAUCCUCAGGUGUGAAUCUUCCUGCUCGUCGUGUGAUCAUCAGAACUCCGAUGUUUCAUGGUCGACUUCUCGAUGCUCUCGUCUACAAACAAAUGUCAGGUCGUGCUGGUCGCAAAGGAGUUGAUUCUCAAGGAGAGAGUAUUCUUGUAUGUAAAACAAACGAGAGAAAGAAAGCGCUUUGUCUGAUGGAAGACGAACUAAAACCCGUUGAGAGUUGUCUAGUUGUGAAGCGAAGUGAUGAGGACGAGGGGAAUGGGAUCAAGCGUGCACUUCUCGAGGUCAUUGCAAGUGGCGUUGCAAUCACUCCUUCAGACGUCCAGCGGUAUGCUUCGUGCACAUUCUACGUUUCAAGCAAAACGCAAGGAGACGACGAGAGCACGCGAAAUAUCAUCGAGAGCACGGUCGGCUACCUGGAAAAGAAUGAAUUUAUUACUUUAAAAAACAAGGAUGAUGGAAAUGAGAAGGAAAACAUCUCUUCAUCUACUGAACGUUACGUUCCAACACAGCUGGGCCAAGCGACACUUGCGUCCUCACUCUCGCCAGAUGAAGCUCUUGUCGUGUUUGCAGAUCUACGAAAGGCUCGCAAAUGCUUUGUCUUAGAGAACGAGCUCCAUAUCUUGUACCAGGUCACCCCAAUCUAUGUGCAAGAACAAUGGCCUAACCUCGACUGGUACCAAUAUCUUCGCCUUUGGGAACGUCUUCCUUCCCAUAUGAAACGUGUUGCGGACUUGAUCGGUAUUGAAGAACCAUUCCUAAACCGAGCGAUCCGCAGUCGGCCACCGACACGUUCUGAAGCUCAACGACAUGCUCUCCGAGUACACAAACGAUUCUACGUGACUCUCGCGCUUCACGAUCUCGUCCGUGAGGUGCCGCUCGAUACGGUCGCGCGGAGGUAUGGAGCCAGUCGUGGCAUGCUCCAGUCACUACAGGGCUCAGCUGCGACCUUCUCUGGUAUGGUGACGGUAUUCUGUCGUAAGCUGGGUUGGAAUAACCUGGAGAUGUUGUUGUCACAGUUUCAGAAUCGCCUGACGUUUGGUAUUGAACGAGAGUUGUGUGAUUUGAUCAGAAUAUCGUCUUUGAAUGCUUUUCGUGCUCGCGUUUUGUACAACGCCGGCUAUCACAGUAUUUCUGCUGUAGCGUCUGCCUCCCCGGGAGAGGUUGAAAAACAAACCUUAAAUGCAACGUUUCAGAGCAAAAAGAGAUCCGAAGGAGAGUCUGAGUACGAGCGGCGUAGACGCCUGCGUGCUAAGUGUGUCUGGGUGAAUGGUGGCAGAGCUUUGACUGAAAGCGAGGUGGCUGAGGAAAUAGUUCAUGAGGCUUGUGGACUAUUGAAGGAAGAUGCUUUGAAGUUAGGCAUGACUUGGAAACCUGAGGCACCAGCUGUGCCUGGUGCUAGGAAUGAGACUUCAGCGAAUAAUGCGGUUUCUGGGAAUGAGGUUGGAGAAGGGAAUAGGAAUGAACGUAAGAAGAGUUCUCAGAAAUGUCAGGCGAUGAAAUCAGCGACCUCAGAAAGCAAUGAAAAAGGUCUUAAAAACUGUUAUGAUGCGAAGACUAGUAAUAGAAGUUCCAAAGUUUCCAGGAAUGCUUCUACUUCUUCGUCGCCUCAGCAAACUAAUAAAAUUCCAAAAGAAAGUGAUUCCACGAAAGAAAUUAUGCCAGAAACUAACACUUCAACCAAGAACGUUCAAAAAACUUCUACAGCUCAAAAUUCCUCAGCUGCUAAGAUAACUUCAACUUGUUCUAAUACUACUAUUCCUAAGUCGGCUUCUGGAAUAUCCGAUAAAAAUCGUGUCCCAUCCCAGGUGAACCGCAGUUCAUCAAAAACUUCUGCACAUCCUAUAAAGCGAGCUAGCAAUCAAACACCUGUGAAGAAACGAGACAGUAGUCUUAAACGAAAGCAUUCUAUUAGUAAAAGCCCCAAGGACUGCAAUGGACCAAAAAUAAAACCGAAGGAACCUGAUGAGAAGAGGAUUGCUGAAGAUACAACAUUUGUAACAAAAACUCCUCCAAACACCAAGAACGGAUUGAAUUACAAGAAAGAUAACUUUUAUGCAGAUUGUGUGGAUAAUUUUAAGAUCAAAGAACAAGGAACUCCUAGCAAGAGAAAGGUCAAAGGUGUGCUUCUUCUUGAGAGUCCAUCGAAAAAUUUUCCACCUUUAGUCAGUAAUGACACUAAGAAAGAUUCCAAUGUUGAUGUAGUUACGUCGCUACCAACUAGCGGUCUCUUAGGCAAAACUAAUAUCCUAAAGCCAGAGGAAAAGAUGACGUCUUCAGACAAUUUGGUCCAGGAUAAUUGUGAUCUAGCCGUGGUCAGCGAAGCCACAAGCAAUCCGAUGGAAAAUGAGCCUCGAGUAGAUGCCAUCCAUACUCCUGGAGACAAAGUUAAACCUAACAAGUUAUUUUCUAACCCUUCCUCUUCAAAUGCUAAGACACCAGCAGGCAAACAGCUUGAUAUGGAAGAGGAAAGCCCAGAGUUGAUAUCAAGUAGUGAAGACAACAACAGCCUACCUAAAAUACCGUUCACUGAUGUCGAAAAUGAACCAACCAAUCCUAAUCUUCUUGUAACCAGCCCAGAACUGUACUCUGAAGCAUUAUUUCCAGAAUCACCUCUGAGCCAAAGUUUUGAAAUGCAAGUUGAAAAAAUGUCGGAGUCAAGUCAGCUUAGGAAUCUCGAUUUAGGUGUAGACGAUGUGACAGGAAAAAAUGGUGAAGUAUUAGUUAAAGAGAACAAAGGUGAAAUACUCGGUGGUGGGGUAUUCCCAUCCGGUGUGAUUAGCAGUGAAGUACCCGGUGAGGUACAUACUCCCCGUGGUGUUGAGUUACAGAAAGAAAAAGGACCUGGGGAAGAUCUCGCAAGUGUCGCGGCUCUUUGUACCUCUGGAAUGUUUGAUUCAGAGAUGCUUUUAUCUCCGUCCCCCCUGGAAACUUCCUUGAACCUUGAAGCCCGUAAACAACUCGUACAAUUUUCAGAGGAACUGAUAAAUAGUCCCGAAGAGCCUAUAUCUUUAAGUAGCUCCGAGGCGCUACGAAGAAGCUCCGAACAAUCACGUGGAACCUCCGAUUCGUUUUCAUUGAGAUUGUCGCAGUCAUUUGAAUACACGAAUGAUUCCGUUCUGAGCACGACGACUCUGGCUGCAGUAGCAGCGUUGGAGGAAAAUGAAAUGAUUGAAAAAGAUAACCAAGACAACGAUAACGAGGGAUCCCCGGAGUUACAGGAGGUUUCUAACAUUAGUUUAUUGACCUUAGCUGCGAUUGAAGCGAUGGAUAGUUACGAAUUGCGUCAGAAUCCCGUUGCACAACAAGUUGAUGAAAAAAAGAAUUCAUCUGAAUCACGUCUCUCCCAGAAAUCACCUGUCCAUCACCCUGCAAGUUCAGUCAGUGAAAAACCUUUUACAGAAAUCAAACAGCGAAGUCUUCCGAUGAAACCAGCGUCAUCAGCGGAGCACACAGCGUCUGAUCUUAAAGGAAAGAUCACUUGCGCUGGUUCAGCUUUCCCAUUUGAAGUCGUGGACGUUGCUAAGGACAAAGGCAUCUUUGAAAUGUUUGUUGAAGGAUGUAAAACACAUUCUUUUAGUUUUUCGGUUGCUGUUGAGAAACGGCAACCAACAGGCUCUAGCAUUGGUAGGAAAUUUAACAAGAGAUCCAGCAGGGGUUCAUCUGGAAAACAAAAACCUCGUUUAGCGAUUGAAGAAGAUAAUUUGACAGUUGUGGGAAUAGCAACGUGUUGGGAGAAGAGACGCGUGUGUUUUUUGUCUCUUGAAGAGGAAACUCAUGCCGUUGUUGUGCCGUGGGUGGAAAGACUGGAAAAUUUGCAAGACAUUAUGGGAUUACAUUUAGAUUGUCACGUGAAGAUGGCUUUUGGGGUGAAAGACCAAUAUAAGCUUCUAUCCCAAGCUUGUGACGUUGUUCUCAAAGGUGAACUUCGCGAUCCCAAAGUCGCAGCGUGGUUGCUUGAUCCUGAAGCUAAGGAGAAAAGCUUUGUUCAAAUGGUUGAGCAUUUUCUUCCACGAGAAUCAAAUCUUUUACAAGGUGUUAGGGGUAGUUGUGGUCACGCAGGGUUAGGUCUGGCUACCCAGAAUUCCAUACCAGCGCGAGAGAGAUCUUGUCUUGAUGCAUUCUUCACAAGAAUGCUGACAGAUCAUUUUCGUCCGAUGUUACAAGCUGAUGGACUUUGGAAAGCCUUUACACAGAUUGAAAUGCCAGUGAUGACGUGCCUCAGCAGAAUGGAACUAAAUGGUUUAGGAUUCUCAAACAGUGAAUGUGAGGAAAUCAAACACAUACUCCGCGCAAAACUCCACACUCUUGAGCAAGAAGCGUUUCGUUUAGCUGAACGGAGCUUUACCAUCACAAGUCCUGAAGAAGUGUCCCGAGUGUUGUUCCUAGAGCUUAAACUCCCCCCUGGUGGACAAACAGAGGUGUCGACCUCGCCCGGAAAGGCUGUGAGACCAACACGUGGUGGAAGACGUAGAAAGAUUAAAUACUUCAGCACGUCGAAGGAUGUCUUGGAAAAAUUAAACUCACUUCAUCCUCUGCCUAAAGUGAUCCUUGAAUGGCGUCGUAUUAACUCCGCACUGAGCAAGAUUGUUUUUCCAGUACAAAAGGAACAGGUGCCGUGUGACCCACCUCUUAAUAUGUCGCGGAUCUUCCCCACCGCCCUGACACACACCGCCACUGGACGAGUGUCGUUUGUCGAACCCAACCUACAGAAUGUACCCAGAGAUUUUGACAUCAACCUACCCACGGUUAUAUCAGAUACCCCACCUAUCGAAGAGCUUGUCCAGACUAAGCGCACUAAAGGGAAAAGGGUGUACACCCCCAGAGAUGAUUCAAAUACUGGCUCGCCUGGUCCACAGUUUUCUGUGAGUUUGCGCAGUGCGUUCGUUCCAUUUUCAAACGGAGUUCUACUUGCUGCAGAUUACUCUCAACUGGAGUUACGAAUCAUCGCCCAUCUCUCGAGUGAUGUGAAGUUGACGGGUUUUCUUAAUGCCGGUGGAGAUGCGUUCAAGAUGAUCGCUGGUGAAAUAUUCCACAUCGCUCAGGAUCUUGUUUCCGACGAGCAACGACAACGAGCUAAGCACGUAUGUUACGGGAUCAUCUAUGGUAUUGGUGCAAAGGCCCUGGGGCAAACACUCGGCGUGGAUGAGAACGAGGCUGCGUUAUUUGUGGACGCGUUCAAGGCUCGUUUCACGGGUGUGCGCGCCUAUCUUAAGGAGACUGUAGAUGAGUGUCGAAAACUGGGCUACGUCACGACAAUUAGCGGCCGUAGACGAUACCUUCGCAACAUUCGAUCGUCAAACUCCGCUGCGAGAUCGCACGCAGAACGUCAAGCUGUUAACACGACCGUGCAAGGAUCUGCUGCAGAUUUGGUGAAACUCGCGAUGACGAAUAUCGACCGAAGACUGUGCGAGAGUUUUACGAACUGUUGGCGAACUCACCGACAGAAACCAAAAGAUGAGCUCGUGUCAAGAUCGUCUGGAAUCGGCAAACGUCGGGACCCACGUGGAGCUAGUCUGGUGUUGCAAUUACAUGAUGAACUACUGUUUGAGGUGGUGGAACAGGAUUUAACAAAAGUUGCUGAGAUUGUCAAAGAACAGAUGGAAUGUGCAAUGGAAUUGUCUGUUAAAAUUCCAGUGAAGAUGAAAAGUGGCAAAACCUGGGUGACCUUUGGAAGCAAGAAGCUGGUUAUUUUUCUUAGCCUCAACAUGAAAACCUGAUGUUUUCAUCUCGUACCAUCGAGG